AUGGUCUGCUUCGUGACGGACGACGGAGCUCAGCCUUGCUCCCCCCAAAAGGCCAUUAUCAAUGUUGUCAACAAUGUCGGCAUUCCCACGAAAUGCGUGCAAGCAAUCUAUGCACCGUCUAAAUUGCAAGAGGAGAUGAUUCUUGCAACCAUGAUGGAUCCGAAUCAUCGAGUCUACAUGGAAACAUACCAUUUCACCACACCCCAGGUCGUCACGGCAGAUCGGUUAUACGACGCUACUCAUGCAAUUGCCCGCAGACAUGCAGUGCUCCGGUCGAUAUUCUGUUGGAAUGAUAGCGCUCAUGAUCUAGAAUCUAGCCUGAUAUCCAUGAUGGUACUCGACGUGGAUUACGUGGGACGACAGGGGCGGCUCGUCCGGGAAUACCCGUCUAGUGCUUCAGGCUUCCAGCCUUGCCCUGCUCGAUUCCGCAUUGUAGGACAUCCAGAAAGCGCCAGAGAGGAGGAAUGGCUUGGCGAGAUGCCGUGGAAGAUAUCCGUUGCCCCGUCGCCAGAUGGACAGGGAUCUUUUCUGAGUCUGAGCUAUCAUCAUGCCCUGAUGGAUGGGACCACAGCUCGCCAACUUCUACUCUGCAUACAAGAAGAAAUAAAAAGCCCUGGUUCGGUGGAGACAGAGUCGAAUUUCUUCGUUGCAUGCAAGGAGCUUGAGUCUAGAUGCAGUCCCGACAUACAGAUUCAACUGCGGGAGAAGCUUUCAGGCGCGAAAGCGCAACUCACCCCUCUCGGCGAACAGGUUUCAGCAGGCCAGGCUGGACAAGCCGAGCAGGUGCGUCGGGUACUCACUGAGAUUCCCGCUCGAGCUGGCCUUGCCGCAGUCCCUGCCUGGAUGGCACGGUUGGCGCUUGCGAUGGCACUAUGCACUUUCCAAGGGACGACAGAGGCGGUAUUUCUUGAGAUAAAAUCGGGCCGGGGCCUCUUGUCACCAGUUUCUCAACGAGUCCUGGGUCCCGUCCUUGUUUCUCAACUUCGAUGGGUCGAUUUUAGAAGCGAAGCCUCGCUCUUAGGCAUUGCCCAGUCGUUGCGGUCAGCAGGGGAUAUCGAUCAUGCCUUUUCUACGGGCCAGCUGCGCUCGUUUUUCCCAGAACUUUCUCGGCACCUCGAGGUGUGUCUUGUCUGCCAAACCAACGAGUCAUAUCCAUCCAAUGGGGUGGGAGACUGGGCCUGGUCUGGGAGGGAAGCAGAGAUGGAUAUUCCUCUCGUCGUGGAAUUGCUGCCGCCCCAGCAAAGUUUCUUCGACGUCAGUAUACGUUACGAUCGCCGGCAAUUCAAAGAUGAGACAAUAUCCGCUUUCCAAACAUUUUUCUGCACUUCUCUUGAAUGGCUGCAGGACGUACAUACCGAGUUAGAAGGCUACGACCUUCCACAUGCUGUCGAUCGUAUCCGGGUUGGAAACAGAACACUCGACAGCUAUAUCGGCUCAACCAAAACACAAGCAAAAAGCCACUCUCCCGAUGAAUGGCAGGAGAACCCUCCAAAUUUGCUUUCUGAUGAGCAGCAACGGACACUGGAUCAAUGGAGUCGCCUAGCCACUCCUUUUCGCACAACCGACACAGCAAUCGCAGGGGAUGUAUGCGCACACCAGAUUGUGGAGUGGCAAGCAAGCAAAACACCGCAGAAAAUCGCCGUCCAGUAUGAGCUUUCUGAGUUCCUGACCUAUGGGGAAUUGGAUGAUCGCUGUAAUAGGGUUGCUGGCGCUCUUGGAGGUUAUCUCGGCCGUCUGCGCGCUGAGUCACUUGACGAGCAAGACAUUAUUCCGAUCUGCUUUGACAAAGGAGUUGACAUGGUUGUAGCCAUCCUUGCUACCCUCAAGUCAGGCGCUGCCUACUCUGCUAUAGACCGGGAUCAUCCAGCAGAUCGAAUUGCGAGCAUCCUCGACAUCACUCGCGCACGCGUCGUUCUCUGUGACGGCGGGCCAGGUACAGAGAAGGUGUACGAUGUCGCCAAAAGAACAGGAGCACUGGUGAUUACUCUGCGCGAGCUGCUUGGAAUGUACGAUCAAGACAAGCUCCCAUUAAAUUUGCCCAAAGCAACACAACCUACCUCAUCUCUAGCGUGCGUUCAAUUCACGUCGGGAACUACAGGGGUGCCAAAGGGCGUCAUGAUUGAGCAUCGCAACUUGGUCGCAUUCAUGCGCGUUAACGAGCCUGAUUAUAUGGGGAACUGGACCUCCUGUCACCUGCAGCUUGCAAACUACACGUUCGAUAUUAGCAUCUCAGACGUCUUCGGCACCCUAGGAUGGGGAGGGCGGCUCGUCCUUGGCCCAGCUGCAAAGUUUCUCUCCUCUCUUCCUCAAUGGCUGGAGAGACUAAGUGUGACUCAUCUGCUCACCACUCCUCUGGUCGCCGACCUGCUGGAAGAUCAGGUUCCAGCCCAUCUUCGCGUGCUCAAGGUUGGGGGCGAGCCCUUCCACCUCUCCCUUAUACGGCACGUCCCUAAAGAAUGCAUUCUCAUCAACCUGUACGGUCCCACCGAAACAACCGUUGGCGCAACCGUCUAUAAACCGGUCCCAGAAGAUCAUAGCAGAUCGCGGAUCCCAAUAGGCCAACCAUUAGGGUCCAGUCGAAUCAACAUUCUGAAACCUGGAAGCUUCGAGCGCGUUGCGAUUGGAGAUGUUGGAGAGAUCUGUAUUGGCGGCCCGCAGGCCUGCCGGGGGUAUCUGGGACAACCUGACCUCACCGACUCCCGAUUCAAGCCUGACCCGUUCGGCGAUUCUAGCAAUGAGGUACUAUUUCGAACGGGGGAUCUAGGACGGUGGCUGCCCGACGGAACAAUUGACUGCCUAGGGCGCAUGGAUGGCCAGGUGAAGCUCCGGGGGCAGCGUAUUGAGGUCACUGAGGUCGAGAUGCGAAUCACAGAGUGCCCUCAGGUUCAGUCCUGCGGAGUGGUUAAAGCUGAGGCUGAAGAUGGGGGUGCUCUAGUGGCAUUUGUCGAGAUAAAGUCAAAUGGGGCUACCGCCCCGACUGGAGAGGAAGAUUCAAAUUCGGCUCUGGAGUGCAUAAGAUCACACCUCGCUGAUACGCUGCCUCAGUACAUGGUGCCCCAGCAUCUAGUGAAAAUAGAUAGCCUUCCUCGACUGUCCAGCGACAAGGUUGACCGGCGCGAGCUGUCAUCUAGAGCCACAUCCCUGAUGGUUAACAGAACUUCCCAACAGCGAGUUAAAUAUGCAUCUCCACAGGAUAAUGUGGAAAAGGCUGUUUGCGACGCCUUUAGUGAGGUUCUAUCAUGCCAAGUCGGUGUUCAUGACAACUUCCUUGACCUCGGGGGCCAUUCCAUCACCGCAAUCCGGGCUGCAACCAGGAUUAAUAGACAGCUCGGUACCGAGGUGACCUUCAGAGAGAUCUUGGAUUGUCCAUCUCCGGCCUCACUGUGCAUACGCAUCCGUCAACACGGAGCGUCGACAGAUCGAUCCCUAUCAGCCCCAAAACUAGAGCAUUCUGAGCCUGUGGAACAAUCUUUUGCACAGGGACGUCUCUGGUUUUUGGAGCAGUUGCAUGCAAACUUAAACUGGUAUCUCAUGAUAUUUGCAUACCGGGUCCGUGGUCCACUUCGCCUGGACGCACUGGAGGGCGCAUUUUCGGCAAUUGAGAAACGACAUGACACGCUUCGAACAACGUUUGAGGAGAAAGAUGGGGUCAAUCUACAGGUGGUUCGCCCUUUUCAUCCAAAGGGCCUCAGGGUAGUCCCUAUCACUGGUGAUGAUUCAGAUGCUAAAGAAGAGAGCCUACGUCGUGCACUGCUCAAGGAACAAACGACGCCAUUUGACCUCAGAAAUGAGGCGGGUUGGAGGCCUGCCAUCUUGCAAAUGAAUCCACAGGAUAAUGUUGUGUCCAUCGUUAUACAUCAUAUUGACCCCCUAGCACAGCUACCACCACUGCCCCUGCAGUAUCGUGAGUACUCGCUAUGGCAGCGCCAAGAAGUGCAACUUGCAAAACAUCAGCAACAGCUUGAAUAUUGGGCUCAUGAGCUCGAGGGCAGCAAGCCUGCUGAGUUCUAUUGCGAUAAGCGUCGCCCGGAGGUGCCAUCUGGGCAGGCUGAUGUUGUAAAUGUGAAAGUCAAGGGCGCUUUAUACCAUGCGUUGCAACAGUUCUGCAAGGAGCUCCAAAUAACGCCAUUCAUUGCUCUCCUUGCAGCCUUUCGUGCAGCUCACUAUCGGAUGACUGGCGCCGAAGAUGCAACCUUUGGCACUCCGAUUACGAACCGCAACCGUGUGGAACACGAGGGGCUGAUUGGCCUUUUUGUUAAUAUGCAAUGCAUGCGAGUUCGCGUUAUGGAAGAUGACACAUUUGGACAAUUAGUUGAAAACGUCAAGGGAAAAGUAACGGCCGCUUUUGCUAACGGCGAAGUGCCCUUUGAAACCAUUGUUUCCAAGUUGCAGCCGACACGAGUCAGCUCUCGCAAUCCUCUGGUACAGACGAUGUUCGCCGUUCACCCGCAGCGCUUAGAUAGGAUCCCCCUCGAAGGUGUACAUGGAGAGCAGAUCAAUGUCACAUAUGCGACGAGAUUUGACAUGGAGUUCCACCUAUAUCAAGACGACGAGGGUCUAGAGGGUGAAAUUAUGUUUGCGACUGAUCUCUUUCACUCUCGGACAAUUGAGACGAUUGUUUCUGUUUUCUAUGAGCUCCUGGAAAGGGGGCUAAAAAGUCCCGGGACUCAGGUUGAGGACAUGCCUUUGUCAAACGGCCAGUCGUCCUUGCAUGAUAUGGGAUUGAUGGAAAUCCAUCGCAGGGAGUAUCCUCGCAACUCAAGUAUUGUCGACGUUUUUGGCCAGCAGGUCGCUAACAAUCCCAAUGCGAUUGCAGUCAAAGAUGUUUCGAGUCAGUUGACAUACUCGGAGCUGGAUCAAAAAUCAGCGGAGCUUGCCCGCUGGCUUAGUAGUCGUGGAUAUCCGUCAGAGACAUUCAUUGCUGUGCUCGCCCCGCGAUCGUGCCAGACUAUUGUAGCCUUCUUUGGUAUUAUGAAGGCAAAUAUGGCAUAUCUGCCGUUGGACCUGAAAUUCCCAGAUGAGAGAGUGAAGACCAUCCUUGGCUCUAUCAAAGGCCCAAGGCUGGUCCUCACUGGACAGGGGGUCCAACCCCCGGCGGUUACACUUGAAAACCUCGAGUUCGUCCCCAUAGAGCACGCUCUCAAUGCAGGCCUCCAGAUCGAAUCUUCAAGCAUAGAAGUCGACCAUCCCACAGCUCAUAGCCUCGCACAAGUGAUAUAUACCUCAGGCUCCACUGGUCAACCAAAGGGCGUUCUGAUUGAACAUCAAGCAAUCGUUUUACGGGCUAAAGCCCCCGAUGUCUUCAGUGAGGAAAUUUUGUCCGGCUCCUUUUCUCACAUGAGCAGUAUUGCGUUUGACGCGACAACAGUGGAGAUCUACACUCCGCUGCUCAACGGCGGCAGCGUGAUCUGUAUCGAUAGUAUGACCGCCCUGGACUUUGAUGCUGUGCAAAAAGUCUUCGCGCGGGAAAAGGUCCGGGCUGGGUUCCUUCCACCCGCACUACUCAGCCAGUAUCUCGUGGAAGCACCGUCUGCGGUGGCGGAGUUUCAUACGCUGGUAGUUGGUGGUGAACGAUCAGAGCCAGAGAAUCUAUACAAGGCACAAACGCUAGUGCAGGGUGAGGUCCUGCACUUGUAUGGGCCAACAGAAAAUGCCAUCUUCAGUACACUGUACCGCAUGCGGGGUCCGGUUGAGGAUAAAUACCGAGGAGACAGGGAUGUACCAAUUGGUCGAGCACCGGCCAAUUCCGGUGCAUACGUCAUGGAUAGACAAAUGCGCAUAGUGCCACUUGGAGUCAUGGGGGAGUUGGUGGUGGUGGGUGAUGGACUUGCACGUGGUUAUACAGACCCUAGCAAGACUCGGGAACGUUUUAUCAUGGUAGAAAUCAACGGUCAACAGGUGAGAGCUUACUGCACAGGCGAUCGGGCUCGAUACCGGCCCGCCGACGGACAGAUGGAGUUCUGUGGCCGUGUGGACGAUCAGAUAAAAAUCAGAGGAUUUCGAGUCGAGUUGGGCGAGGUUGAGCAUGCCUUGGUCGGCUCAGGGUUGUUGGAAAAAGCUGUCGUGAUAAUGAAGAAGCCCGAGGGCCAGGAGGCGCAGCUGGUCGCCUUCGUUACCGAGAAGAAGGAUGCCAUAGAAGUUUCCCAUCAUCACGAUGUCGAUGGUGAACAGGAGCACGAAGAAGGAUGGAGAGAGACCUUCAGCUCAACAACCUACAACACCGUUAUCGAGGUCCAGCAGACAGGACGAGAUUUUGUCGGGUGGACGUCAAUGUACGAUGGCAAGGACAUCGACAAAAGAGAAAUGAAUGAGUGGUUGGAUGACACUAUCGCGACUAUGCGAAACGGCAUGCCCCCCGGUCAUGUUCUAGAAAUUGGGACUGGAUCGGGGAUGAUGCUGUUUAAUUUGACUGAGGGUUUGCAGCGAUAUGUUGGUCUUGAUCCCGUACCGCGUAUUGUGGAAUUUGUUCAAAAGACAGUAGCUCAAACCCUGCCGGACCUGGCAGACAGGAUCGAGGUACAUGUUGGGAAGGCGACAGACCUGGACAAACUCGAGGGCACCGGCAUACAGCCAGAUCUUGUCGUGGUGAACUCUGUGGCCCAGUACUUUCCCAGUGGGGAUUACAUGAAUCAAUUGAUCAAGAGUCUUCUAGGGGUGUACAAGGCGAAAACUCUUUUCUUUGGUGAUAUGAGAUCUUAUGCUCUUUAUGAUCAGUUCCAGGUAACAAAGGCUUUACACAGGGUUGGCGAAAAGGCAAGCAAGAGCUCCAUGCGCCAAAGGAUGGCAGAGAGUGUGAGCAAUGAGACCGAGUUCCUUGCUGACCCUGCUUUCUUUACUUCCCUGCCGGAACGGUUCCCGGGUCUCAUUCGCCAUGUCGAAAUUAUUCCGAAGAGGAUGAGGGCUACCAAUGAGCUGAGCUGCUAUCGGUUUGCAGCUGUCGUCCAUACCGUGCAUCAACAUGGUCACUUGCCCAUUCAUGAGGUAGAAAAAGGCCAAUGGAUCGACUUUGCCUCCACCGGAUUAAAUCGCGAAGCACUCCGUGAUAUCUUGCAACAGAGCUCCGAUACAUCCGUGGUGGCUAUUGCAAACAUACCUCAUAACAAAUCUAUACUUGAGAGACAUAUAGUGGAAGUCCUGCCUAGCGACCCUGUGGACACGAAUUCAGAUUGGAUCUCAUUGCUCCGACAAGAGGCGAAUCAAUGUCACGCACUCUCUGCCCUUGAUCUGGUGGAAUUGGGCCGGCAAACGGGGUUCCGCGUGGAAGUGAGUUGGGCGCGACAAUUCUCGCAAAAGGGCGGUUUGGAUGCCAUCUUCCACAAUCUCCAGCCAGCAAACGGCAUGGAGAGGACGAUGUUUCGAUUCCCGACCGAUCAUGAAGGUCGCCCGUCACACGAGUUCACUAAUACCCCAAUGCUGCAGCAAUCAGGCCCAAGCCUGGACAAAACAUUACGUGCUGUGUUACAGAAACAACUUCCCUCAUACAUGGUUCCUGCGGUGAUCAAGGUCCUGGACGAUAUGCCCAUCAACAACAAUGGCAAGAUAGACCGGAGAGCACUAUCCCAAAUGACAGUUGUUGCUCAGACGGAUUCACCAAACACGGACACCACUUAUGUAGCACCGAGAGAUUAUUGGGAACGCGCUGUCUGUGAGGAGUUCGCCAGCGUGCUGGGUACCCAAUUAGGCAUCGAGGAUAACUUCUUCGGUCAUGGUGGACACUCACUAUUGGCAACACGAGCGAUUUCAAAGAUUGUCCGCCGCUUGGGAUGCGCAAUCAGUGUGAAAGACUUGUUUGACUGCCCGACACCUGAGGCUUUAGCCCGGCGGAUUUCGUCAAAACGCAAUGAAAAGCUGCCGGAUGAUGGUGGUGAAGAUGGCCUUGGCCCUGCCAGCCUUCCGCCGCCGGAUGUAGUAGGAUGGCACGAGGCUGUCCAUGCAGUUGGGAUUCCUACGCAGCAUGUGGUGCGCGUCAUGCCCUGUACUUCUUUCCAGGAGGGUGUUCUCAGCGCUGACAUGGCGCUCGGGGUCGCUUCGGCCUAUCGGGCGAAAAUGAAUAUUGAAUUCAACACAUCCCUCAACGUCGACAUCUUGCAAUUUGCAUGGCGGACAACCGUUGAGCGAGAGGAAAUGCUUCGGACAGCAUUCCUACCAACAGUCACGCCUCUCAAGGACAACGGAAUCUGUAGCGGUGCCUUUCUGCAAGCAAUUCUCAAUAACGAGUCGCCUGAAGUGCGCAGGGCCUCAACUAUUCAAAGGGCCACUCCAUUUGACAACACUUCUCCCGUUGAUCUCGGGGUUGGUCAUAUACCAAUCUCGUUAGGUAUCACACAAGGACAGAGGUCUGACCAAUGGAAUUUGGAACUGACGAUCCAUCACGCACUGUACGACGAGGCCUAUCUCUCCUACGUCAUCGACGGACUCUCUCGUGACUAUCAUCGAGCCAGUAAUGGGGAAACUGGGAGUAGUCUGGAGCAGCAUCACAUUCCCUUCUCGGCCUUUGUUCGCAAGUUGCAAACUACAGAUCCGCAGACGGCUUCUAGCUUCUGGAAAAAGUACCUCCAUGGUGCCCCUGGUGCCACUUGGCCCAUUGCAAGCGGCCUCAAGGGUCCAGUGGACAGCAAAAGACCGCCGGAGAGCAAGGUUAUUGAAUGGAAAUCUAACGCACGCACCAUCUCCAAGAAACUGCACAAUACCCCCGCAGGAAUCGCAAGAGCAGCAAUCGCCUUGGCCAUUGCAACACACAGUGAUUCUGAUGACGUGGUUUUGGGAGAGGUAUCUAGUGGACGUUCUCACGCUGGGUUUGUGGCUGGCCCUUGUAUAGCAGCGCAUCCGGUUCGCAUCCAAUUGUCAAAGAAUGACAGCACAUCCCGCCAGAGGAUUUCAUUAGAAACACUGCUCACACUGGCCCGGAAUGCGUAUCUGGACACAAUCCCGCAUCAGCAAUUUGGGCUGCAAGCUAUUCGCAAAAUGACGCAGAACCCCGAACUUUUGCCUUUCCAGGUCUUAUUUGUCUAUCAACAACGGCAUGCCGCGAACCAGAGUACAACUGGCUCGCCAUCAUCCAAGUUUACGGCAGUCAGAGGCAGUCUUGGUCAGGUUGAAUUUCCCUUGGUAGUCGAAGUAUCCUGCGAUGAUACAACAGGUCACUUGGGGAUACGCUGCGUGUUUGAUCCCAUCCUCAUUCCACCCACGGAUGUUGAUUGGAUCCUGCAACAUGUUGUGGAUGCACUGAACCUUGUCGCAGACGAAGUAACCUCCGGCCUGGGGGGUAAGGCGAGGCUCGCCAUCAGUGCCAACGAACAGAAAAUGUUGCAAUGGUUUGCAAGUGGAGGGGGUAGGUCGCUAUGUGCAAAUGCCGAGUGCAUGGACACUGUCGAUAAAAUCAUUCACCGGCAGGCCACCAGAACGCCGGAGAAAAUUGCCCUCCAGUUUGAGGAUACAGAAUAUCUUACCUACCAACAGCUUGACAUGAUAAGUACAAAGAUUGCCAGUGGAAUCCGAAGAGUGCUGGACAGCAGAAUCGCCAAUUCUUCCAAGCAACCACUGGUUCCGAUAUUUUUCAAGAAAUCCGUCGACAUGGUAGUCACUAUUAUGGCUGUUCUAAAGGCCGGCGCAGCUUUCAUUCCGCUGAACAUCGAUGAUCCUAUCAAGAGGCUUGAAGCUAUAUUUGACGCCACUCAGCCCAGUGUCUUAAUUUGGGACGGCAUCCACGGGGAUGAAAAACUCGAGGCAUUAUCUCACUCUACCGGCUCAUGUCUUUACACCAAAAAGGACCUUGAGCUGGUGAGUGAGCCGGUGUGCAGUCAGACACAGUCGUCGUUGGACUCUUUAGCCUAUAUCGUUUUUACCUCAGGGUCUACCGGCACACCAAAGGGUGUGAUGGUCGAACAUCGCAAUUUGGCUUCAUUUACACUAUCUGACGAAGGAAGUAACAGCUGCUCGUGGACCUCAAACAGGCUUGCAUUGUUAGAAUAUACCUUUGACGCAUCCGUCGGGGACAUUUUCGCUACACUUUGCAAAGGUGGACGCCUGUCGUUGGUCAAACGAGAGAAUUUGCUCCCUAGGUUAAGUGGAUGGCUUGAUGAUUUGUGUGUCACACACUUGGCCGUCACCCCAACAUUGGGGGCGCUUCUGACGGAUGAUCUUCAUGGAGAACAACGGCUUGCUUUCCUUAAUACAAUGGUCUUCGGAGGCGAACCAUUCCAGCCUAGCUUCCUCCGUCAAGCACCGAAAGAACUGACUGUCUGGAAUGGCUACGGACCAACGGAGACGGCCAUUGAGGUGACGGCAUGUAAGUUACAAGGGCCGGAUGCUAAUCUCACCGAUGAGCGGGCAUUUAUACCAAUCGGUAAGCCAACUCGAGGGUGCCAGAUCUAUCUUUUACGCCCUGGGACAGACGACCCGGUCCAUGUAGGGGCGGUGGGUGAGAUAUGUAUUCGUGGGCCACAGGUUGCGCGGGGAUACGUAGAUCAACCUGAGUCGUCUGCAAGCCAAUCGACGCCUAAUCCCUUCCAGCAUUCCGGCCAAGGCAGGAUGUAUCGAACGGGUGACCUUGCAAGACUUCAUGGUGACGGCCUCCUUGAAUACCUGGGCCGUAUCGAUGGUCAGGUCAAACUCCGAGGUCUUCGAAUUGACCUGGACGAGCUCUCAUCCGUCGCGCAGAGACAUCCACUGGUCAACGCGUGUUCUGUGGCGAAGGUGGAGAAGAAUGGUCAAGAAACACUGAUAGCGUUUGUGGAGAUUGACCAAGAAGGCUCUGUUAAUGAAAGGGCUUUUACAAAUAUUGUCAGAAAUCAUAUCUCACAGCACGUGCCCAGUUAUAUGGUACCAGAUCAUUAUUGCUUCCAAACAGACCCUCUGCCUCGAACAGUCAGCGGCAAAAUGGACAGGAAAGCGAUCAGUCAAAUGGCGGAAGAGAAGUACGAAAGCUGCCUUGAAGGUGCCUUGAAUGCGCCAGAUACUCUCGUCCUAGCAACACCUGGUAGUCUCGAGGCCAAGAUCGCGUCGCUCUGGUCACAUGCCCUAGGCGUGGAAGACGACUUGGAUAUCACAACCCCAUUUGCGCAUAUGGGAGGGGAUUCCAUUCGAGCCAUUGUUCUUCUUGCCCUCCUUCGACAAAACGGAUUGCACCUGAGCAUGAAAGAUCUCUCGCAGUCAUCAACGAUUCAAAUGCAGGCAGCCCAGGUCCGCGAUAACAGGCCUUCAAACAACGAUGGUGUUCCCGACUACUUGCAUGUUCACCGGCGAGAACGAAGCGAAGCAACCAUUAUUCUGAUCCAUCCUUUCUUGGCGCAGUCAACCAUCCUGGAACCUCUCGUGCCAUUACUUGAUGAUCGGUUUGACGUGAUCCUUGUUGAUGACCCAUUCUUUGGUAAACCCGACUGCCCGGGAACACUCACCGAAUGGGCGCGGUCGUAUCUCAUGGAUCUCAAACCGCUCCUGUCUCCGAGAGAGCCUGUGUUCCUGGCAGGAUAUUCCAUUGGUGGCCUAAUCGCGUUUGAAAUGGCUCUCAUUUGGCAAGAAUUGUACAAAGGCCAACCUGACUCAGUCGUUCUACUGGAUCCAGGCAUGUACGGGCCAGGGAGUCUGCCUGUUGCCGACGAGGGCCAGCGUGAAAUAGCCAUCCGCAACUCCCUUGGCAUGCUUGGUGUGGAGCCCGAUAACCUGGCGCUCUUUGGGGAACAUUAUGAUCGACUUUUUAAUACCUUGCGAGAAACCCGCCAGCCUCCUGUGUAUGAGGGUCGGUGUCUCUACCUUGCCCUACCAGAACGACUUCAGGACGGAGUAGCAAAGUGGUGGCAGACUCGGUGUACCGAUCUCACCACGCACUUUGUGCUCUGCAACAACCACUUUGAGUUGUUGAAAGGUGACCAUAUUGGUAUGGUUGGCCAAUUGAUCAAUACACAUUGUCAGAUGUAUAUGAGCACUGCCGCUUCGGUCUCUCCUUCUGAACCUGGACUAGAGACGCCUGGCUCCGAGGCGUCAAUGGAAUAA